CGGGGCGGGGGGCCGCCCUCCGCAGGCGCCUGCCUUGGCCCGGGGGCUGCGCCGCGGCGCUGGGAAGCGAGAUGUGGGCUGCGGGUCCGGGCGAGGGGCGGCCACGAAGGCCAGGCACAUCAAAGGCCUGGCAAUCCCUGGCCCCUGCAUCCCUGGCUCCCGCCUCUGCAAACCUCGUUCUCCGGGGUGCCAGGGCCCCCUAAACCCACCUUUUGUCCUGAAGGGUUACGACUUGGGGAGGAGUGGGCUCGCUGCGAAUUGCUUACUUUAAAUACUAAAGGCUUGACAUGAAAUGCUGAGUGAGCACUCUUUGCUAGCACGCUUUAACACUUUGGUCAAGGGCACGCGCGCUGGGGUAUAAAGAAGGAUGUGCUUAAUUAAGUGUACGCUUAAUUUGGGAGGAGGAGGGGAAAGGUGUGCUCCACCGGCUGAUGGGAGAGAGGCCGCGCUGCUGCAGGGGCUCUCUGGCUGCAGAGCUCUGCCACUGGCGCCUUUACACAGCACUGCCAGGGAAGUACCGACCAGCAACACAACAGAACCUUAAAUGCUUUCUGCAGAACAGAAGCCUAACUUCAGACAGUGCAUCAAAAUAUAAAGAGUUGGGACCAUGGCUGUUGACUGGAUUGGUUUUGCAUAUGCUUCAUUGCUGGUGGUUGGAGGUGUUGUAGCAUACACUCGUAAAGGUAGUAAAAUCUCUUUAGCUGCUGGACUCACCUUUGGCUCCGUGGCUGGUUAUGGAGCUUACUGUGUAACGUGUGAUCCGAGAAAUGUGAAGAUAUCAUUGUUUUCAUCUUUUCUUUUGACCAUUAUAAUGGGAAUGAGGUUCAAGAGGUCCAAGAAAUUAAUGCCAGCCGGACUAGUAGCAUGCCUGAGCCUUUUGAUGAUUUUGAGGCUUGUUUUUAUGCUGCUGUAGGAGAAUUUGGAACUGAAUAUGAUUGCCAUGCCCACCAAACAGACAUGCUCUCUGUACUUGAAAGACAAGAUUGAACACAAGUCUUACACUGCAUUUAUAUUUUCUGUAAAAGAUCUGUACCUGUUAAUUGAUUAUUGACAUGUACUGAUAUUUUAAAAGCUUUUUUUAAAAACUAAAGCAAGUGUUUAGUUGGUGUAUUUUGAUCUACUUUCAUUUAAGCAGUCUAUUAAUUCAUGGAAUUUUUCUUUGUAAGUUUGAUCUGUUUUAGGGGUGCAGAGCGCCCCAGGAAAUUGAAUUACUCUUGCACUGUAUCUCUGAAAGAAUAUCUAUAAAUACAUGUUUAUGCUAAAAAGGUAUCUUGUAUUGAAGUAUAAUUUGUAGUUUCUGAGAUUAAAUAAUCAGUUCUAAAUCAAAAAA